CUAUGAAAGAUGAUGUCGAAUAAAAAUCAUUUGGAUAUAACAAUAACAAUCUAUUACAAAAAUUUUUAAAAUAUUAAAUAAAAUAAAAUAAAACUCACGGAUAUUGUUUGAAUUAUUGAAAAGUUAUUGACGUUGUUUUAUUCAGUGAACUUUUCGAAUAUCUUCUAUAAUAAAUCGAAUCAUAUAUUAUCUCUAAACAUAUCAUAAAACUUAAUUUUCUUAAAUUUUUUCAAUAUUAAAUUCUAAUAUCGAAUCAUUUCGAAUUGAUUUCAUCACAAUAGAAGCACUAUUUGCUAAUUCUAUCUAGAUGAUUCAUCUCCCGACAUAUUCUUGACUGUCGAAUAAAGAAGAACUAAUCAAUCAAAAAACAAAAAAGAUUCUUUUUUUUAAAAUACUAAAUUUCGUGUAAUAAGUGUGUCGGUGAUAUGUAGUAGAAUAGACAACAUAGAAAACUAUCAGUGGAAUGAUCAACAAAUAAUUAACAAUAGAAUCUCUACAAUGAGAGAUUUUCAAUCAACUAGAGAUUUAUCCAAUAAUCAUUUUUCUUAACUUGGUUUCGCUUCUCUUUACAGUCUUAAUCAAUCUUAUUUAAUAAUUUAUCUUUUUGAUGAUCUCCCUCUUAUCUUGAUAAAAACAAAUUGAAUUAACAUAUUUGGUACAUAUAUUUUCCUUUGAAUAAUCUAGAGUAUCAAUUAAAAAAAACCUAUUCAAUUAUAAAAGUAUGAUUAUUUUUUGAAGAGUUUAGAUGAAUAUUGAUAAGAUUUUCUAAAAUAUGUUUCAAUUUGAUUAUAUAAAUAAAUAAAUUGAAAGUUAAAUUGAUAAAAGUAUUUAAAUCUAUCUAUUCUAGUAAUAAUAUAUAAUAUAUAUUAUUAUUUUAGAAAUAUAAUUAAUAUAUUUGGUUUUUUUAAAAAUUCUAUAUUAAGUUAUAUUUAGGAUGAUCAUCGAUUAGAUUUCGAAGAACUUUUUCAAAGAUAUGAAACUGAUCCUAAAAUAGGUUUAACGGAUAAUAAAGUAAGAGAAAUUCUUAAUCGUGAUGGUCCAAAUGCAUUAACUCCACCAAAAACAACACCUGAAUGGAUGAAAUUUUGUAAACAAAUGUUUGGUGGUUUUGCUUUUCUUCUUUGGAUAGGUGCUAUUCUUUGUUUUACUGCACAUGGUAUUACAGUGGCUACACAUCAUGGUGAAGCACCUAAUGAUAAUUUAUGGCUUGGUGUUGCUUUAACUGUUGUUGUUGUAAUAACAGGAUGUUUUUCUUAUUAUCAAGAAGCUAAAAGUUCAAGAAUAAUGGAUUCAUUUAAAAAUCUUGUUCCACAACAAGCAAUUGUUAUUCGAAAUGGAGAAAGUAAAAGUGUUAGAUCAGAAGAUUUAGUUGUUGGUGAUAUUGUUGAUAUUAAAUUUGGUGAUAGAGUACCUGCGGAUAUAAGAAUAUUAGAAGCUCAUGGUUUUAAAGUUGAUAAUUCUUCAUUAACUGGAGAAUCAGAACCUCAAACUCGUACAAAAGAAAUGACACAUGAAAAUCCAUUAGAAACAAAAAAUUUAGCUUUUUUAAGUACAUUUGCUGUUGAAGGUACAGCUAAAGGUAUUGUUAUUCGUACAGGUGAUCGUUCAGCUAUGGGUAGAAUAGCUAAUUUGGCAUCAGGUUUAUCAACAAUUGAAACUCCAAUAUCUAAAGAAAUUACUCAUUUUAUUCAUAUAAUAACUGGUGUUGCUGUUUUUCUUGGAAUAUCUUUUUUUAUUAUUGGAAUUAUUCUUGGAUAUGCAUUAAUUGAUGCUGUUAUCUUUUUAAUUGGAAUUAUUGUUGCUAAUGUACCUGAAGGACUUUUAGCUACUGUUACUGCAUGUCUGGCAUUAACAGCUAAACGUAUGGCAAAAAAAAAUUGUUUAAUUAAAAAUUUGGAAGCUGUAGAAACACUUGGAUCAACAUCAACUAUUUGUUCGGAUAAAACAGGUACAUUAACACAAAAUCGAAUGACUGUUGCACAUAUGUGGUUUGAUAGAAGAAUUGUUGAAGCUGAUACUAGUGAAUAUCAAGAAAAUGCAACAUAUGAUAGAAAUUCAACUGGUUGGUUAGCAUUAUCUCGUUGUGCAAUGUUAUGUAAUCGAGCUGAUUUUAAACAAGAUCCAGAAAAUUUAUCAAGACCAGUAUUACAACGUGAAUGUACUGGAGAUUCAUCUGAAUCAGCUUUACUUAAAUGUGUUGAAUUAUCAAUAGGUAAUGUAAUAAAAUAUCGUGAAUCAAAUCGUAAAGUAUGUGAAAUUCCAUUUAAUCCAACAAAUAAAUAUCAAUUAUCAAUACAUGAAAUGCGUAGUAGAAAUGAUCCAAAUAAUAUUCGUCUUUAUUAUUUAUUAGUUAUGAAAGGUGCACCAGAAACAAUUCUUGAAAAAUGUUCAACUAUUUUUAUUGAUGGAAAAGAUAUACCAAUAAAUGAUUUUUGGCGAAAUGAAUUUCAAAAUGUAAAUAUAGAAUUAGGAAGUUUAGGUGAACGGGUUUUAGGUUUUUGUGAUUUACGGUUACCAACUCAAAAAUAUCCAAAAGAUUAUCAAUUUGAUGCAGAAAAAAUGAAUUUUCCACUUGAAAAUCUUCGUUUUCUUGGUCUUAUGUCAAUGAUUGAUCCACCGCGAGCAGCUGUACCAGAAGCUGUUGCUAAAUGUCGUUCAGCUGGAAUAAAAGUAAUUAUGAUAACAGGUGAUCAUCCAACAACAGCUAAAGCAAUAGCUCGAGCUGUUGGAAUAAUAUCUGAAGAUUCUGAAACAGUUGAAGAUAUAUCAAUUAGAUUAAAUAUUCCUAUUGAAAAUGUUAAUCAACGUGAUGCUAAUGCUUCUGUUGUUCAUGGAGAUGAUUUAAAAUAUAUGACAUCAACAGAAUUAGAUUAUCUUUUAAAAAAUCAUUCAGAAAUUGUUUUUUCAAGAACAUCACCACAACAAAAACUUAUUAUUGUUGAAGGAUGUCAAAGACAAGGUGCAAUUGUUGCAGUCACUGGAGAUGGAGUUAAUGAUUCACCUGCUUUGAAAAAAGCAGAUAUUGGAAUAGCUAUGGGUAUUGCUGGUUCUGAUGUGAGUAAACAAGCAGCUGAUAUGAUAUUAUUAGAUGAUAAUUUUGCUUCAAUAGUAACAGGUGUUGAAGAAGGUCGUUUAAUAUUUGAUAAUUUAAAAAAAUCAAUUGCAUAUACAUUAACAUCAAAUAUUCCUGAAAUAACUCCAUUUUUAAUUUAUUUAACAACUGAUACUCCAUUAGCAUUAGGAACAAUAACAAUAUUAUGUAUUGAUUUGGGUACAGAUAUGAUUCCAGCUAUAUCAUUAGCUUAUGAAAAAGGUGAAACUGAUAUUAUGAAAAGACGACCAAGAGAUCCAAUACAUGAUCGACUUGUUAAUCAACGUCUUAUAUCAAUGGCUUAUGGACAAAUUGGAUUAAUUCAAGCAGGUGCUGGAUUUUUUUCAUAUCUUGUUAUAAUGGCAGAAAAUGGAUUUUUACCAUCACGUCUAUUGGGUCUUAGAAAAUCAUGGGAAUCAAUUGAAAUAAAUGAUUUAGAAGAUUCAUAUGGACAAGAAUGGACAUAUGAACAACGAAAACAACUUGAAUAUACAUGUCAUACAGCUUUUUUUGUUACAAUUGUUAUUUGUCAAUGGGCUGUAUUAAUUGUUUGUAAAACACGAAGAAAUUCAAUAUUUCAACAAGGAAUGAAUAAUUGGAUGUUAAAUUUUGGUUUAGUUUUUGAAACAGUUUUAGCUGCAAUUAUAUCUUAUACACCAUACUUAGAUACAGCUCUUAAUACAUAUCCACUUAAAUUUCUCUGGUGGCUUGUUCCAAUACCUUAUUUUUUCUUAAUUUUAGUUUAUGAUGAAGUUCGAAAAUAUAUUAUUCGAAAAGAUCCAGGUGGUUGGGUUGAAAGAGAAACUUAUUAUUAA